AAAGACAGCAGGAGAACACGAUGCGCUCGACGCGAAACACAUACAUUCUUUCCAUGGCGGGUCUCCUGGCCAUCGCCGCGCUCAACACGGGCUGCGUCGAGGCCGACCCCUCCCUGAUCCUCGAAGGCGGGAUCGUCGGGGAGCUCAGUGAAGCCGAUCCUGUGACCUGCUCGGCGGGCUGCGAGUUCGCGCUCACCGGCGGCGCUGGCGUCACCGCGCUGAGCACAUCCGGUUUCCUCGACCUCGCGCGCCUCGAGCAGUACGGGCAGUUCCCCUACAGGGUUCCUGGCUCCUACACGCUGCGCGUGAACCUGACCAACAUCCUCGGUGAUAGCACCACCAACGAUGGCGCGGGUCUCCGCAAUGACUCCAACAGCAUCAAGCUCAAGGAGUUCACCAUCGUCUGGAAGAAGCCUGACGGCACCAUCAUCUACGAGCCGGGCGAGCAAAACAGCGGCGGCUCUCGCCCCGCGUUCGCCUACAUCGGCAGCGGUGGUGGUCAGCUCAGCAUCGACGUCGAUCUCUUGAGCGGUGUCAUCUUCCCCGAUGGCAUGAACCCCGAGACGACCUUCCUCCGCGGUGGCCUCGUCAGCAACUUUGGCAACGCCAUCAACACCUCGCCGAGCCAGGUCUUCGUCGAGAUCCAGGCAAAGGGCGAGACGCUCGAUGGCCAGAACGUCGAGUCCGAGGUCAUGGUCUACCCCAUCAGCGUUUGUGAUGGCUGCGGCGUCUUCGACCGCACGCUCUCCUUCUGCUGCGAUAACCCCGACUCUCCUGACACCUCGGGGUGCCCGACCUUCGGCGCGCCUCCCAUGUGUCUCCCUGGCGACUGA